GCGCGCGCCGCUGACGUCAGAAGGCCAUGGCGGCGGCGGCGUUGGAUCCCUGGCAGGCUGCUGCCCCGCGCAGGAAAAGGCGCUCGGCGGCGCGGCGUCCGCGAGGGAGGGAGGCGGCGGCGGGGGGCCUGGACGCCGAACCAGAGACGGACGGCCGAGUCGUGCUUCGUCGCAUCCGGGAGGCCCGGGAGGACCUGCUUCUCUCUGAUUUCUGGAGUCUGGCCCUAGAAACCAUCAACGGCUGUCUGACGAAACAUCUGGAACAACUGAAGGCCCCAGUGGGGACUCUCUCGGAAGUCUUUGGAAACCUGCAUCUCGACUCCUCGCCAGAUGAGUCGGAUGCGGCCCCCGGCUCCCUCCCAGGAGAGACCGUGGUGCCAGGAACCUGCCAUCUGAAGUGUGUAUGCUACGGCCUUGGGAACUUUGCCACCUGCGUCAUGGCUAGAAACCAGCUAACAUUUUUGCUUCUCUUCCUGGAAAAGUGCCAGAUUCCCAGAAGGCACUGCUGGGUGUACGACCCUGUGUUUAGCCAACUAGAAAUUGCAGUUCUGAAUAGCCUCGGUGUGAUUGUCCUCAGUGAGAACGAGGAGGGAAGACGCAGCGUGUGGGGCGAGCCCACCGUCUUUUACAUGCCCCACUGCGGGACGGCCCUGUACAACAACGUCCUGUGGAGCAACUGGUCGGUAGACGCCCUUUCCAAGAUGGUCGUCAUCGGGAACAGCUUCAGGGGCCUUGAGGAAAGGUUGCUGGCAAGGAUUCUGCAGAAAAAUUAUCCCUACGUUGCAAAGGUUAUGCAGGGACUGGAGGAGCUUGGGCUGCCGGAGACGCCACAGUACGCGGACGUAUUCAACGACACCUCCGUCCACUGGUUCCCUGUACAGAAGCUGGAACAGCUCCCCACGGACACGUGGGCAUUUCGGGAAGAACCAGACUAUGGGGACUGUGAGGACCUUGAAAUCAUCAGGAACAAGACAAGAGGUCCUUCGGCUGCUGACCUGAAGUCGCCAUGACAUGGUGCCAGCCGAGGCAGAAGCAGCUGCCCCUGGAGAGGACGGGGGAGGCUCCACAGAGGGAGUGCCGACAGCCCCCUUCUUUGCAGUGGGCCAGGUUGCAGAGCACCGGGAAUAUUCCAUUCAGUUCUCCCCCUUAGACGAGGACGUGCUGUGGAAGGGCUCGGCAUAAAGAUGCACCUCCUGAGCGUGUGUCUUAUGUCCUUUGCUGGCAACCUGACCCGAUAGGGAAUACUCCCGGAUGGAGAGUAAGUACUCUUUCAAGGCCGGUUUCAAACACUGUUUAUUCAUAACCACGUCCGUCUCCAGUGCAUGUGUCCAGCCUGCUGCCCUCUACUUGGCCAUGUCAAUCAGGCUCUGCAGGGAGGUGGGCACCCAGGUCUUCUCGCCCUGGACGAACACCACCCCGCGGUCGAUGUAGAUGACGAUGCGGCCAAAUGUGUAGAGCUGCUUCCCUUCGUGUCGCUUCCCGAUGACCGGCAUGAAGACGAUGUUGUGCUCCUCGGCCUUGGUCUCAAUGAGGUCCUUGAAGUUCAUGGGCACAGAGCUGGCGGCCACGCCGAUGCCCCUCUGGGCCAUGUUCUCAGCCUCCCGUCGCUCCUGCAUGGCCUCGUACUGGAAGUCCUUCCUCCUCUCCGUGUGGGUGAGGUAGGCAAUGUUCUCCCGUGCCCCGGGCUGCAUGUAGGCACCUGGGAGACGGGAGGGGAGGGGGGGGAGUGAGGACAGGUGUUGCGACACACAGAGAAACAGAGACUGCUUUGGCAAAACCUGCCUGUGACUCUGUGAAGGGUGGCGGGGCCUUGGGGGCACAGAGAACUGAGACGGACACUAAGCACCUUCCGGGAAGCUCGGGCAGCUGUCCGCCGCCACAAGAAAACUGGAAUGAUGUAUAAUAACCAGAGAGAUGCUGAACAUAAAAUACCACAAGAGAUUCAUCCUCCCAGGGCCGGAAACCUUGACAGCACACGGCCUAGCCUAGUUCUAUUUUCAAUGUCUCCAUACAGGCCCGGCCCCGGAAGGAUUCAGAAUGCAACUGGGGAGCCAAAACAGCUGCUGAAGGACAGCACGGGGCCCCAAAUGCCCGGUGCAGAGGGGUGUGGACGGGAACGGCUCUGGGAGGUGGCCUGGGCCUGGGGUGGCUGAGGAAGAGUUUCUAGAGAGGGUGGAAAAGGGAACAGCCCCCUGAAGGACCUGGGUAAGUAAAGAGCACAGAAGUACACCCACCUCAUUAAACAGAACGUAUAACCUACGAACUCAAUUUUUGUGGAACAGACUCAGUCAAAGGAUUAAAGGCUCAGGAAAUAGAAACUACAACCCUAGCUGUCACUCUGGCUGGGUAACCUUGAACAAGCUCUCGGCCCUGAGGAGCUUAUCUGGGAGGCAGCGCUGGCCUGGGUCCUCUGGUGGCCUUCACGUGGAGACUCAAGCACACUGACACAGGACUGACGGACCUGGUCGGGAGCUGGGGACGGAUAUUAAGUGGACAGGCACCUGCCUGCUGCGGAGACAGCAGAGACCCCGCCCUCCAAGUGCGACACGCACACUGUAGCUCACUCCAUCCCUGGAAGUGCGCAUUCGGCCUGUUUCACAAGGAAACAGAAUGGGCCAGGCGGGCUUAGCAACUGCUACGUGUCAGGCUGUGCUCCGGCUCCUGGUCGGGGGGCCAUCACGCCUGAACAGCACACACAGCUGUUCACGGAGGCAUGCCGGUGAACGUGAAAAGCCACACGGCAGUGAUCGCGAGGGUGGCCCCAGAGGUAGGCCCCCCUACAGUGAAUCCAGCCACAGUCAAACUCGGGUCAGGGGCAGAUGCCCCUCCCAGUGCCGGGAGUGCUGGGCAGCGUGUGCUGGCUAACCGUGUAACAGGGUCUGCUGGGCGAGUGUCCGCGUUGGAGCGGGCCGCCCACAGGGACUUGAUUCCGCGUCAUUUACGUGAUCAGAAGCACAGCGCUCAGGGCCAGGAUGUCCAAAGCAGACUCUCCACUCACCAACGUUGGAGGACACUGCCCUGUUCAUGAUAUCGAGCGCUUCGUUGAAUUUGUCCUUGACGGAUGGGUGUGCCAGCACUUGAUCUGAGAACAUGGACUUCCAGCCCAGGUACCACUUGGUGAUCUCCUCGUAAUUUGGGCUGUUACUAAGCCAAGAGCACAGCACCUGCCAAAAAGACAACAGGAACCAUGCAUCCAUUAGGCAGAACUUCAAAGGGACCUUUUACUUUUGUUCUGAUUGUGGUCCUGCAAGCUGGUGACACUUGUAGGGGUUUAUAGGGGCUGAACAGUCUGGCAUUUAGACGGUGGAAUUUGGAGUCAGCUUGGCAGCUAAGUGCUUUGAACGUAAACUCCCUGAACCGCAUCCGCCCGUCUAAACAAGACGCCAGUCCCUACCCCCGAGUUUCUGUGUGAGGAGUGGAGGUGACGCACAUCAAGUACUUUGCAUCUGGCACAUGGCAAGCGUCCAGUAAAUGCUGGUUUUACUAUUCCUGCUUAUUUCUGUUACAUAUCACAGCUCUGUCAUCUGACAGUUGUCCAAGGAUCAAGCUCCUAGUCAGACCUUGGCAGAAAACUGAGUGAAGCCUCUCUGCCUCCAGCCCAUCCCUCAGAAGACACAGCAAAGCAGGGUGUACCUGAAGCCACUUGGGGAAGAAGUGCUUUUCGAGAAGCCCCACCAGGCUGGAGACGGAGAUCAUCCCUUCCCAGUCGAUGACCCAGUAAAAAGCAUCCAUGUGCUGCUGGUGAGGGUUAAUGACUAAUUCCCCAAGACACAUCCCUGCAAAAGAAGCCCGGUCUUUAAGGCAAAGCCACAGAAGCACAAAGGGCAAACUCUCCAGCAGACAACGCUGGUCGUUAAUCCAUUUCUAUACAUCAAUCCCAAGCUCUUGAUAGGGCAACUCUUAAAAACCAUUUUCCUCUAUAACCCAGAAAUACUGUAUAUUUAAAAUCAAACACCACAAAAAAAGGCAGAACGCCAACGUUUCUCAUGUUACCAGAAGCCCAAACGAGACCAGUUAGGAACCAAGAGGCACGGGGGCUCUGAUGUCCCUGAUGCCAGAAGAACCCCGGGCACGUUUAUAUCCCAGCUCUGUGCACGAAGCGGCACUCGUGGUAAGCAGCACCAUGUGCCGGGCUCUCUCACGGAGCUCCAAGAGCGGGUCUUACAGGGCACGGAUCACGUCGCCGCUGGCCACAGACACCGCGGUGCCACGGCCGCUGGACCUAACGCACCUUCCCCGUGUGCUCACCCAGCUUGGGCACUAUGUUCUUGACCAUGAAUGCCUCCCAGGAGCCAGGGGUGAAGACGUCUUUCCAGGGCUGGAGGAUGAGCUUGGCCGAGGAGUCGCUGGGGUGCCACUUCUGCAGGGCGCUGGACAGCUUGCUGCGGAUGGGGGAGUAGAGCGGCUCCAGGCGCGCCUGCAUGAGGGGGAGCCACGGGUGGACCCACGAGUGGAUGGGCACGGUGUCCGUCAGCGGGUUCCAGUUUUCCACCUGCGGGAGCAGUUCACGAUGCGCCGUGCGGUCAGUGGCACGGAGGCCGAGUGCUCCCCUGGCCAAGGCCCACGGGCCCCUCUGCACGACCAAACUGACACACCCACACAACUGCGGGAGGUCUCACAAACGGCACAAAUUCUAAUUAGAGAAACCAAAGAGAUGAAUUCCCUGCUAGGGGACUCUGGGGGAGAAGUGCCGACAAAAGGGCCGGAGUUGCCCGCAGGACAGCAGCUGUGUCAGCAGAUUCUGUCAAUCCCAGGCCCUCCGACAGCACUGAGGGACUGGAGAGGUGCCCCAGGUCCCUGCCGACGGCUGCCCCCUGCGGCUCUGGGCCCUACCUCCUUCUGCAGCUUGGGGAAGAUGAGCUGGUCCAGUAUGUUAUCUAAGAUCCACACGGGAAUAAUGUGCACCCAGCUGUCCAAGAAGUCCACCAUCGGGUCACAGUUCCUCGGCUGCCAUUGAGUGACGAUAUUUCGAACAAAUGGCAUCCAGACUUCCCAUAUCAGCCUGCGGGGGAAAGGCGAGGGCGGGAUGGCGGCACCGAUGGGGUUUCAAAGCAGACAAAGUCCACCGCCAGCAGCCCUCCAGAAUAAGAAAGAAAGCGGCACGGACGUCCAGGCACACCAAACCACCAGGCCAGCCCCCAGACUGCCCGGACCUGCGCCUGCCUCCCCCUUGCCCUGCCAGCCGCCUGCUCACCCCCCCAGGCCUGUCUCCCCGGCAGAGCUCACCUGCUCGGCAGCGAUGCUGCGGGGGCACAAAGGUCCCCUCUCCAGGGACUGCAGGCCUUCCCACCUGGAGCUCUGACGCCUCACCUCUCGGGUCACAGCUUCAACGUCCCUCCUCUCAGAGACCUCCACCUCCAACUACUCCCGGCCCCCAAGGAGGCAUGUGUCCCGGCUUUAUUUGUACGCUUCCUUACCCCCACCUACCUCUCCCAUUCCCCGCACACUGAGGCUGGCCGCCACCUGGCACAGCACGGCCCUGACAGACACGUGACAAGCACGGUGUGAGCGAGCGGACUCCUGGAACGGGGCCGGCACGCGCGGAGGAGGCGGUAGAGGCCAGUCCCCGCCUUCCCCAGUGGGAUCGUCCCCCCGCCCGUGCCCAGUACCUGUGAAAGGCGUCCGCCGAGAGGUCCUGCCCACCGUGAGAUAAGAGCUGGUCAUUCUCAAGGAGGCUCUUCCACCUGGAGAUGACCUCCGUGCCGUACGCGCAGUCCUGGGGAGAGACGCAGCCAUCAGCCGAGCUCCCUGCCCCGUGCGGCCCUUCCAGGCCGGGCCCAUCCUGCCAGCCACUCACCUUGAGCGGGUCCCACUCCUUAAAGUACUCCUUCACGAGCGGGUAGACGAUGGCCACAGCCAGGUCCACACGGUCGGACAUCCGGUACUCCUCGUAGUACUUGUCCUGCAGAGUCUCGAAGAUGCGGGCGCACUCGUCCAGGGUGAGGGGGUCGCCGCAGGCGGGCUGCAUGCGCCGCUCGCACUCCUCCACCAUCUCCAGGACCUUGCUGAGGUUGGCGAUGACCCGCUCCUCGUGCUCCAGGACCUCCGACAUCUUCUCCAGCUCGUGUGACAGGUUGACCACCAUGUCGCGCUCGUACUGCAGCUGCCGGUCACUCUGGAUGAUCUCCUGCUCCGUAAGGUCGAUGAGCAGCUGCAGGUUGUGCUCCAGCUCGGGCAGCGCAAAGCCCGGCGCCUUGGCCUCUUUGCCGGGCAGCGGCAGCGGCUGGGACUGCGGCGGCAGCCCGUCGUCGGGGAUGCUGUGCUUGUGGCUGAUCUGGCUGUAGCUGUAGUAGACCUUCUGCUCCCGGCCGGUCAUGUCGAUGACCUGGGGGAAUGCGGCAGGGGGGACCCGGGUCAAGGCUCACCAUUGCUGCCCUGGGACAGUGCGCGCCAGGCCGGGCGAGGGCAGGGCGCCGGGGCAGGUGCUCACGAACCACACGCUACGGCAAGGCCAGGAGGGCGGUGUUUCCCAAAGUGGAGCCCCUGCCGCACAGACAGGACGGUCAGGGACGGAAGCACCGCGUGCAACCAGCAGCUCCAGACUCGGUCCCUCUGGACAAGAUGGACAAGGCUUUCUAGGAAAAGCCGUGAAACUGCAGUGCAGACAACUCAGCUGAGGUGAAAAUCUAUUGCCAUGCAUAGUAGAGGCUGUACUGAUCAAAGCGGGUAAUAAAACACGUAUGAUCAAAAUAUCACACUUGCUGUAAGAAAAAUGCAUAUUUAGGCAGACAGAUCUAGAAGGACGUGCAUCAAGAUGUUAAAACUAGUCGCCUAUAGGAAGGAAGGAAAAGAAUACUUUUGCCUCUGUAUUUUCUAAUUGUCUAGAAGGUACCACACCCUGCUCCGUAAUAAUACAAAAGUUGUAUUUUGAUUUGAAAACAAAACGUCAAAAAAAGUUACCGGACCAAGGCAACCUAGGUGAGCAUUUUGAGAAAAUAGGGGAAACUGGUCUAUACUGGAAUAUAAACCGUACUGAAACACAGUGACCCAUCAGCACUUGAAGUAACAGUACGACCC